AAUUAAAAGAUACGAAAACACGUUGGAAGGUCAAAUUCAUUGGAAAAUCAUUCGUCACUCUUUUCCAAUUGGCAAACAAAAUUGGCAGCUGGUAAAAGAGAGGUAAUUGGAUCGGUGUGUCGAACGGUACGAAGAACGAGCUUAGAGGCAGGCAUGCAGGCAGGCAUGCAGGCAAGCAGACUGGCGGGCAGACAGGACAGGACAGGCCAGAGCAGGCCGGGCCAAGCAGGCAAGCAAGCAGGCAAGCAAGCAAGCAAGCAAGCAAGUUAAGCAGGCAGGCAAGCACAGGAAAAUAGCCGUCGCUGUUGAAAGCCGGGACAGGUUGCUCUGGCAGUAAGCAAGUGGCAAGUGUUAGUCGCCCGACAGCACUUGCCACGAAUAGGCAUGCGAUGGUCCCGUUAAGUACCGAUCUUACGCUUACUUGUCGUCACAUCGAAUCAAAUCUCGAGAAGUGAAUCAUUUUCGAAUUUAAAAAGUGACAAAGUUUAUAUAUACAUAUAGAUAAUAUAGAUCGAAAUAUUUCUUAAUGAAAAAUUGUUAAAUUUUAUUUUUCAUAUAACAUAGGAACAGAAGAGAGAGAGAAAGAGAGAAAGAGAGAGAGAGAGAGAGAGAGAGAGAGAGAAAGAGAGAGAGAGAGAGAAAGAGAGAGAGAAAGAGAGAGAAAGAAAGAAAGAAAGAAAGAAAGAGAGGGAGUGUCUGUCUGUUAGUUAUUCGCGUGUCCAGUGAUAGACAAAAUAAUGAAUAAGAGGAUAGCAUAUGUCUGCAGGAGUACAGGAACGAGUGAAUGCAUUUGAGCGUGUGCGUGCACGUGCGUGUUCGUCGAAAUAGUGUUUCUGAUCCUGAUCGACCUCGAAGACGCGCGAUCAUCUGCCUUCGAGGACACGAUGCUGAUGCUGACGAUUCGCCUCGCCGUACUUUCGAUCUUCCUUCAACAUUAUGCCACCACUAAUUCUAUCAUUCCCGCCAAGGAACAAUGCCGGAGGAGAAUAGCCGAGUGCACGAUGAAUGACGAUAAAAGUGCACCGGUAUGUGGAAGCGACGGUGUCACGUAUCCUAGUCAGUGUCAGGUCAUUUCGAAGCAGUGCCAGGGUGUAUCUAUCCUAAUUAAACACACCGGACCCUGUCCAGAAAUGCCGCCAUGCUUUUCGGCGAGACUGUCGUCACGAGUGGGAUCACGACCGGUUUGCCGGCCAGAUGGUACGUAUGCGCCGGUGCAAUGCCACAUGGAGACCGGGUUUUGCUGGUGCGUAACAUUGCAAGGACGUCCACUGCCGGAUACCUCGGUGAGGCACCAAAGACCGAGAUGCGAUAAACUCGCUUCCAGAUCAGCCGUUGCUACUAAGAGUGGACAGAGAAGACGUUCCUCUAAUUGGAAGGAACGAAGACAGUAUAGCAGUAGACAUCGAAAUACAUGUGAUCGUCUUGAAAAAUCCAAGUUUAAUAAUAAUCUCAUAGAGAAUUUUAGGAUCGAAUAUAAACGAGCAAAUAUAUCAGUGACUGGUGAUAAAAAUGUGGAACGCGUAUUGUCUUGGAAAUUUGCUACUUUAGACAAAGAUGGAGAUGGUUAUUUGGACAGAGCAGAAUACAAGGAACUUCGUAAACUUGCUAAAAAAGCAGUUAGACCUAAAAGAUGUGCACGUACAUUUGCACGAACCUGUGAUCUCAAUCGAGAUCUGAAACUCUCGAGGCAAGAAUGGGGUGCUUGUCUGGCCAACGAUUUCACUCUACGUUUGUUCUUGUCGCUGAACUCCGCAGCAGAUCCUCCCGAGGUCCCCGAGGACCAGAGGACACAGGCCACUGAUCAAGUACUCAAAGGUAAUUCCUCGCCUGUACAUUCGAGGCCUACGUUUAGCGAUAAUCCAGCCGAUACCAAAGAAGAAAAUGAUGCGACUGAUUGUAUAUCGGAUAGACGAUCGGUGUUGGAAGAUCAAAGACAAAAUUCACAAGAAAAGUUUUAUAUACCACAAUGCACACCAGAUGGUAGAUAUCAUCGUGUACAAUGUUAUUCCGGUUAUUGUUGGUGCGUUUAUCAAGAUACAGGAAAACCUAUACCUGGUACAUCUUCGAAAGACAGUACACCAAAUUGUAAUCCAGCACCUACACCUAGCAGGCCAAUGAAGGGAUGUCCUGAAUUGAAGAAACAAAUUUUCCUACGAGACUUGAUGGAUUUAAUGCAAAAGAAAAUGAAAGCGUCUAGUACGGAUUCGAGCGAGAUAACAGCCAACUGGCAGGCUUCCAAAGAAGAACAAGUAGCCACGUGGCACUUCGUAAUGCUCGAUAAAAACAAGAAUAAGAUUUUAGAAAGAAAAGAAUGGAAGAGCUUUCGCAUCAUGGUCUCCAACAAUAGAUUGCUUCGUAAAUGUGGCAAAAAAUUGCCUAGGUAUUGUGAUAUUAAUAAUGACAGAAGAAUCAGUAUGACGGAAUGGUUGAGUUGCCUGAAUGCUCAACAUCCGGUAACAGCUGAAAAUCCGGAAAAAUCAUCUACAAGCAAGCCAAAGAGGAUGGGUCCUAAUCCAUUGGAUCAAUUUCUCAAUGAUGACGAUUAAUAGAAACCCUUUGUGAUAUAUACAUUAUCAUUUAAUCUAUGCAAUGUGAAAGCAUUGUGAUAAUUUAGUAUUAUUCAAUCAUAGAACUUAUUUGAAAAUAAGAUUGAAAAAUUCGAAAAGUCAUUUAUUAAUUUUACGUUAUUAUUCUACUUCGUAUUUGACGAUGAACAUGAAUUUCAUCUAUUUUCCAUACAUAAUGUUAUCAAUCGUUGGUAAUCUAUUAAUGGGAUAAAGAAUUAUUUCUUCAUUUUUCAAUUAUUACUUUAUCCGAGAUAUUCAUUUUAAUUACUUUUAAGGGAUAAUUGAAUGUAAAUCAAAAUAAAAAAACAUUGUAUAUAUAAAAAUCAAUUGUAAUUUCAACGAUAAACAACAAUGGUAAAUUUGUGAAUAUAUUUUUGUAUACUUGUCUUAAAAAUAUA